UCAAUAUUCUUUGCUAUUCCUGUCCGAUAUGGAGGCGCCAUCUACUGGAGAUUGUUGAGGCUCCAGAGGCUGGGCUGAUAUCUCACGAGGGCAGAGGUCACUUAGCGAGGUAUGUAACAGCUAAAUUAUGUUAGCUCAAUUUGCUAGCUAACUUGCCAUGGCUACACGCUGGGGAAUAUGCAGUGCAGGAAAAAUAAGUCAUGACUUCACGGUGGCUUUACGGACCCUGGCUCCCGAAAGCCACAAGGUAGUGGCUGUUGCAGCGAGGGAUGUGAAACAUGCUGAAGAAUUUGCUAAAAAGCACAACAUCCCACGAGUAUAUGGGAGUUAUGAUGAGUUGGCAAAAGAUCCUGACAUUGAUGUGGUGUACAUCGGCACCAUCCAUCCUUACCACCUGGCUACUGGCAAGCUCUUUAUGAAGUCCAAAAAGAAUGUGCUGAUUGAGAAGCCCUUGGCCAUGAAUUUAAGGGAGGUGCAGGAACUCAUCGCUGAAAACGGAGGCCCUUUCAUAGACCAGGUUCUGGUAUUGCAAAACUACGCUGAGGGAUGGACUGAUGGGAAAUGGGAGGAAAAAGUUGAUGAGCGGCCAUGCAUUGACAAGUUGAUGUACUCCAAAGAUAAACAGGGCUACCACAGGGGCUGGUUUUGGGGCUACGAGGAGACGAGAGCUCGAAAUGUAACGUGUAUAUCAGCCCAAGGGCAUGCCUCCAUCAUGUCCCCUGUCCUCCUGAAGAACAUCACGGCGACGUCGGUUAUGCUUGACCGAGCAGAGACACUCCUCCAUGAUCACUAUGCUGGAAAGGAUUACUGGGAUACCCGCCGCAGCAUGGUUUUUGCCAAGCACCUGAGACUCAUAGGAGAUGACUUCAGAGCAAAGUACCUGAACUCCUCAGAUGACAGAGACUUUACUAUUUACAGUGAGGACUGGACUCGCAUGAAAGCCAAGUUGGGCUCGGCUAAAGGGGGUCCAUAUCUGGGGGUCCACCUGCGCAGGAAGGACUUUAUCUGGGGUCAUCGGGAGGAUGUACCCAGCCUUAAAGGAGCAGUGAAAAAAAUACGCAGCUUGAUGAAGAAGCACAAACUUGAAAAAGUGUUUGUUGCAACAGAUGCCGAUGAGGAAGAGUCGAAGGAGCUGAGAAGGUUGUUGCCAGACAUGGUGCGGUUUGAGCCGUCCAACGAGGACCUGGAGCUCUUCAAAGAUGGGGGGGUGGCCAUCAUCGACCAGUGGAUAUGUGCCCAUGCAAGAUAUUUCAUUGGAACUUCAGUGUCCACCUUCUCUUUCCGGAUCCAUGAAGAGAGGGAGAUUUUGGGUUUUGACCCCAAAGCGACAUACAAUCGUUUCUGCGGGGACAAUGAGAAGGAAUGUGAACAACCCACACACUGGAAAAUUGUUUAUUGAUGCAACCACUCACUUUCCUGACACACACAAGUGCCAACAGCAGUGUUAAAAGGGACAAUUAUUUGUAUGGAAUUUUAAAAUAUAUUUUUACUGUUUAAUGGGGUAUUAUCUUUUGUUUACUUUUUAUGGUUUCAGAAUUGUGCAAUCAGGUCUGAUGUGACCACUGUGACUGAACCUUAUACAAUGCCAAGACUUGGCUGCCAAACAUGUAUAACUGUAAUCUGAAAAUCUGCAAACAUUUAUUUUGGUUUUAUGUGGAAUAUUUAUCUUUUAUUGACAGCUUCAUUUUUUAAACAUAAUUCCUCAUAUUUAUUACCAGCACCACUGGUGAGAAAAAGUGACUUAUAAAGACUGCAGAAGAGUGUUGUUUGAAGUGUUGUGGUGCAGUAUUAUCAGUUUACUUUGUGAGAUUCAAAGAUGUUGAGUAUCUAUACGUUAUUUAAAUAUACAAUUACAUUUUUCAAAAAUAACCCCACAAAAUGGUGAAU